AUUUUUCGAAAUAUUGUGCCUCCCAUGAUGCAAGGAAACACACACCCCCUUUUCAAAAUGGCGGCGGUCAUGUUGCUUUUUCGCAGUUUCGGCAAGCAGGCAGUUCACCAUGGAAAAGUCUCAGGGACAACGCUAUGGAGAAGAGGCAUGGCCUCAGCUGCUUCUUUCAGGUACAAAGACUUGGAGAUUGAGUUGACCAAGAACCCUCAGCGAAAGCCCGAGCCAAGCGAGUUGGUCUUCGGCAAGAACUUCACUGACCACAUGCUGACCAUUGAGUGGACGAGCCAGGAGGGGUGGAAACCCCCCCGAAUCACCCCCCUGCAGCCUCUCCAGCUACAUCCAGGGGCCAAGGCACUGCACUACUCAGUAGAGCUGUUUGAAGGCAUGAAGGCAUACCGAGGAAUAGAUGACAAACUGCGACUGUUUCGACCUGAAGCCAACAUGGAACGGAUGAACAACUCAGCCGCUCGAGCCGCACUACCUAGUUUUGAUGGUGAGGAGCUGAUCCAGUGCAUCUCCAAGUUGAUAGAAGUUGACAGAGACUGGGUCCCCGCUGCUAAAGACUGUAGCCUUUACAUCAGACCUACUCUGAUAGGCACAGAGCCCACCCUCGGAGUGUCACAGGCAGAAGAAGCCAUGUUGUUCGUGCUGCUGGGUCCCGUCGGCGCGUACUUCAAGACGGGAACGUUCAACCCGGUAUCUCUCAUGGCGGACCCGCAGUACAUCCGCGCUUUCAAGGGCGGCGUCGGGAACUACAAGCUCGGCUCGAACUACGGCCCUACAAUUCGGAUCCAGAAGGAGGCAGAGCGGCGUGGGUGCCAGCAGGUUCUCUGGCUGUACGGAGACGAUCAUCAGCUAACAGAGGUUGGCACCAUGAAUAUCUUUAUGUACUGGGAGAAUGAAAGUGGAGAGCCAGAGCUGGUGACACCUCCACUAGAGGGAAUCAUCCUUCCAGGAGUGACCAGGAGAAGUCUACUGGACCUGGCACGGGGAUGGAAUGAGUGCAAAGUGACAGAGAGAACCUUCACAAUGCAUGAUUUGGUCAAAGGACUUGAGGACAACAGAGUUAAAGAGUUGUUUGGUGCUGGUACAGCCUGCGUGGUCUGUCCCAUAGACAGAAUUCUGUAUGGGGAAAAGGACCUGCACAUCCCCACCAUGGACACAGGAGCCGUGGUGUGCAGGAGGCUGUAUCAAGAGCUCACAGAUAUCCAGUUUGGGAGAGUGCCACAUGACUGGGUGAGAUCGAUCGAGUCAUGAGUUAGCAGCCAAUCCUGGAUCAAGCCAUGAAACCACCGAUACAACACUGUUUAGAUACAGAGUAGUAACAUUCAGGGGUCAAAAUACUUUUUUCUCCAUAGCCGCACAAGAAAAAUUUACCUGCACCACUCAAUUUAGAA